CUUAUCAGAACAUGAUCAUGCCUGGUCCAUAUUCAUUUUAAGUUUUUAACAAUGUAAGGAGUGGUUCUUUCUUUAUCCGUUUACCAUGUGUACGUUUCGUGGUUGCGACAAAUAUUUCGCAGUGCGCUGUUUUGUUCUAAUUUGGUUGCACUAACAUAUAUCCAAAACAUUUGUUUUCAUCGAAAGCCGCGCAUUUAUCGGUUUUGCGCUUACUAACAAGGGUUUGCGCGCAGUUGCUGGUUUAGCUCGUUGGAUGGCAAAAACUCCUGCAGCGUCAGGAUAGCAGUACCGGUGCCUGAAUUCUGGAAGAUCGCAUAAGCUAAGAUGUCCGCCAUACAAUCGUCAACGGAGAAGUUUAUAGCUCGUCCUUAUCAGGAUGAAUUGAUUCAAAAAGCCCUGAAAGAGGACAUUAUCUGCGUGCUCGGAACUGGUACUGGGAAGACUUACAUUGCAGUCCAGGUCAUACAGCAUGAGCGGCAUGAAUUGAUAGAGGAUUUGGAAAACGGAGGCAAACGAUCCGUUUUCCUUGUUCCAACAGUCGCUCUUGUGGAGCAGCAGGGAACCGUUCUUUUCAACCAUACUGGGCUUAGCGUGGGAAAGUAUUGCUCGUCGGAAAACAUCGAUGAUUUGGAUAUUCCGGGAUGGAAGCGCGAGUUUCGGACGAAGAAAAUUCUUGUGAUGGUGCCAGAUGUACUGAAAGAUUUGCUGGAAAAGGCAUUUCUGUUGCCAAAACACAUUAAUCGGCUGAUCGUGGACGAAUGCCAUCACGCAGGUGGAGAGGAACAUCCGUAUCGACAAAUUAUGCGUCUUUUGCAUGCCAGCACGGAUCGUGGUCCGAGAAUUUUAGGCUUGACGGCGUCUGGUAUUAACGUCAGGCUUAAAAAGAAAAACAGGACUCCACAAGAACAGCUGGAAGAUGAAAUCAAGCAACUGGAGUCAUGUCUUGGUUGCAAAGUUGUGACAUCUGUGGAUGAGUCCCUGAACGAGUAUGGAGCUCGUCCCAGCCCGAAUAUUGUGACUUUUCAGGUUUUUCGACCCAACGGUACGGACCAGGAAAUCAUAGAAAGCAUUAAUGAAACCGUUGAUUGGCUGGAUAAUGCAAAGAAAUGUGACUUUUCGUCGCGCCCAACAAAUUUGGACGCCUCACCACUCGACAGCGAAAAAUGGGUUAAAGAUUCCAUAAAGGAGAUCAAAAAUGCGGUUUCACAAGUGCACAAUACUUUGACUACUAUGGGAAUUUACUGUGCCUACAUAACAUCUCAACAGUUGCUAAAGGACCUGAAGAUGAUGCUGAGCCGAGGUUUAUUUCGAAGAGACCUCUCCGAGCUGGUCAGCGCCUGUAUCUGCAGACUUCAACAAAUCGGUACCUGGUUCGAGGUGGCUUACACUAUUCCUCAAGCGCAGCCAAAUUGCAGCGACCGUUUCCUGCUGAGGCUUGUGACACCGAAAGUAAUAAAGUUGCUGGAAUUGUUUCAACCGUAUGUCGUGGCUUCCGCAGGAGCCGGGGAAAGGAGCAACGAACUGUGUUGCAUCGUGUUCGUAAAAGAGCGGUAUAACGCAUGGGCUCUACAUCAGUUUUUGCAGCUCCUACGUACUACUAGGGAGAAGAACUAUGAAUGGAUCAAUACCGGAUUUUGUGUGGGACAGCUAGAGGAAAGCGGUUCAGAAGAAACCAUUGGAGACAAGAUCGGCUUGUCUGCCACUCAAUUGAAAGCGACGUUAUCGAAAUUCCGCAGCGGAGAGUUGAAUGUUUUGAUUGCCACGGACGUUGUCGAGGAAGGUUUUGAUGUUCGUGAAUGCAAUUUGAUUAUAAGAUUCAACGAACCUACGACUUACCGAUCGUAUGUGCAGUCGAAAGGAAGAGCAAGGGCGAAAAAUUCCAAAUUUUUGAUGAUGGUCGGCCUCGACGAGGUGGAACACUUUCGAAAUAACAAGUUGCAUGAAUUCCAGCUGUUGGAUGCAGUGAUGAAAGAUCACUGCGUAGAUCGAAGCAGUCCCACUGAGGAGGAUCGCAGUGAUCAUUUUUCCGAUGAGAAGUAUCCUCCCUAUCGGCCUCCAGGGAGUAAGGCUUGUGUAACUUUGGGCAGUGCAUUGAAUUGUUUGCAAAGAUAUUGCAACUCACUGCCGAACGACAAGAUGACCACCUGUUUAGUGGUGCCAGAUAUUAUUAAAUUGGGGAGCGAGCGGUUCAUCUGCAAACUGUAUUUGCCUUUAAAUGCGGCGAUAGAAAAGGCAGUUGUGGGGCCAGAAAUGGAAACCCCCGUUUUGGCCAAGAAGGCCGCGGCACUCGUUUGCUGUCAAAUGCUUCACGAACGCGGUGAACUGAGCACUGAACAUUUGCUGCCAAAGGACGACGAAGUUGAAUGGAAGGAUGCAAUCGCCGCAUUUGUAGGAUAUCGCGAGAAGGAACCAGUACCAAUCGCGUCGGCUCAACCUGGUACUCGUCGUCGUUCGCAGUUUUACCAGAGAACUGUGCCCUCCAGUCUGAACGCAUCCACUCCUACCGUUGGAGGGAUGUUUUUACAUCAGAUUCUUUGGAAGAAAACUGGAAGAAUUGCGGCAAGUAUGGACACGAUUGCGGACCUCAGUAUGAAAGAAUUUGUCCAUGGCUGGCACGACCACUGGAUGGUCAUGGACGCUAAUACAUAUCGGGAUGCCGUGGUCGUGACAUCCUAUAAACCGGAAGACCCGUCAAGGCGUUAUUAUGUCAUGGAUGUUCCAGCAGGAUAUACGCCGACGAACUACAUUGUAAAGGAGAACAACAACGUAGUGCAGCAUAUGAUGGGAAAAUACGGAUACUCUAUACAACAUCCACAUUCCCCCUUGCUCCAUGUUCGUCACCUCUCAAAAAGACUGAGCUUUACACCUAAACCUUCGGAUGUGAAAACCGCCCCGAAGAAAGAUAUUCAUCUGCCAAUGGAGUUUUGCCAUGUUUUGCCAGUUUCCGUUCAAUGGCAUCAAUCUUUUCGGAUCCUUCCUUACGUUUUGUAUCGCUUGCGCACCAUGCAUAAUGUUUUCGAUCUGUACCAAGAGGUCGGAAUGGCCUUGUGGGGCAGCGUUUGUCCUCCGGAACGUUGGAAACCACUUGUCUAUGAUCCGAAGUAUCACGAUGUAUAUGUGCGGCCACCACCACGCCCCACAUCAUCGGAUUCGCUUUCAUCUUUAACUGGAUCGAGUGACUCAGAAAACUCGCCUGCUGAAGAACACGGUAUAUUUUAUGACAAGUUCAAGCAGCAGAUGUACUAUAGAAACCGGGAAUGGAAAAAGAAUCAGUUGGCUAAGCGCAGUCCAUCGACACAACCGGUAUUUUCUUUUACUUCAUUUGCCAUGCCGGACCGAAGUGCUGUGGCAAAUGGAUCUUUAAGCGACUGGGUCGCACCGCCGCAAGCUUUUGACCAUGAAUUUUCUAGCACUGCAAGGACAUCGUUGCCGGAAGUAACAUCAUUUGUCAAAGCAGUGACGACUGCAUUUGCUGGCGAUUGUUUCAAUAUGGAGCGCAUGGAGACGAUCGGGGAUGCAUUCCUUAAAAUGACCACUUGUUUGUACUUGUUUAUGGAAUACCCAAAAUAUCACGAAGGUCGCUUGACAGAGAUCAAAGGAAUUCAAGUCUCCAACUACAAUCUAUACCGAUUGGGGAAGCUGAAGAAUCUGCAAAGUUAUAUUGUGAACUUGAACGUUUUGGCUGAUGCAAAACGCUUUUAUUUACCUCCGGGCUUUGUCCCUUUGGAUCGUUUGCAAGAGCCUAACCGUUACGAUCUACCUUUACGCGAUAAAAGUUUGGCUGAUGUUGUGGAAGCUCUCAUCGGGAUGAUGCUUCUGGAGGUAAAUGCUUAUUACGCCCAGCGCUUUAUGGAAUGGAUGGGAUUGAAAGCAAUUCAUUCACGCGGAAAGAUUGGUAGUGGGCAGAUUGAUAAAGGAUUUAGCUCUUUGCGAAGGGCUGAAGACGAUCCGCUCUUCAGGGAGCUUUCUACACUUGUAGCUCCAUUUGGAGACUUCGAAAAACGGAUUGGAUAUAUAUUUCGGGAUAAAUCUUAUUUGCUCCAAGCGUUUUCGCAUAAUUCAUAUAACCGAAAUCAACUGACCGAUUGCUACCAGCGUUUAGAAUUCUUGGGCGAUUCAAUUCUGGACUACCUAGUAACUCGGCACAUAUACGAAGCAGACAAGACCUUAAAUCCGGGAAAAUUGACGGAUUUGCGCAUGGCUUUGGUUAACAACAAGACAUUUGCGAAGCUGGCUGUCAAGUACGGAUAUCAUCACUGCAUCCGAUAUCAUGCUCCGAAAAUUUUUUCAUUGAUUUCUCGCUUUGCCGAAGAAGUGAAGAAGGCGGAUCCCGAUGUGGAAGUUUUGAAAGCUAGUGAUGUGUAUGCUGGAUUUGACGACGAUGAAGAGGAAGCGCACACUGAUAUCUAUGAAGCUGCAGAAACGCCAAAAGUUUUAGGGGAUAUCUUUGAAUCUGUAGCGGGAGCAAUAUUCUUGGAUAGUGGACUUUCCUUGGAUGCGGUUUGGAAAGUGUAUUAUAACCUCAUGCGCAAGCGAAUCGAUUUCUGUCUGAAGCAUUGUCCAAAAAAUUCGGUUCGGGUGCUGUUGGAAUACGAGCCCAACAAUGUUCGCUUUUCAUUGCAGCUCACCGAUAAGGGCAAAGUGGUUGCGACGGUGGAAGUCACCGAUAAGGGAGUCUUUCGUGGACAAGGGAACAACAGUCGCGCUGCCAAGUGCAAUGCAGCCAUCGAGGCUUUGCGCGCUUUGUAUCCCGAAUCUCUGCCGUGUGAUUGAUUUGGCGCUCAAAAUUUUUAGUGAUCGAAGACGUUCCUUGGCGUACUUAUUGUGGUGCGUUGGAUUGGUGAUGUCAGCCAGCGGUGCUUUCGUAUGGUUACGUAAUUUUGAUUACAUACGACGCGUUUAUUUUGUUCUUUUGGAAAAAUUUUUUAUUUUCGCCUCGGAUUUAAUUUUUACUGUAUUUAAACAUUACUUAUAUUUGUUGCAGUUGUAUACCAAAUAUUUGAGGAUGGAUUUUACG